GCUCCGCCCCGAUACUAUACGCAAACACAAACAAACAGCCGCUUUGAGUGAAGGUUCUUGGGAGGGAGCACGUCGAUUCCUGGAUGUUCUGCAAGGACAUUUGAAACAGUCACCUAUAAUGACUGCCCCGUCAUAGCAAUAAGUCUUACUGUAAUACAGGGUUACCAUGGUGAGGAACAAGCCACAGCCACAGCAGCUUAAUGAGCAGCAGCAGAGAAGAGCUCAGUGGAAUCUUCUUGAUGGAGCUGGGCCAGCAGGGAAUAACCAAGAUGAUGGCAAUGCUCAUGGGAGAGAAGUGCAGAAUGAUGCCGAAAAUAACUUAGCACUUUUAAUAAAUGAUGAGUUAAUAGAGGACGAUGAUAAUGAUAUAGAUUUUGUUCCUGGAGGAUUUGGUGAUCCAGCACUGAGACAGAGAGAGUUGCAUAUGCGUAGAUUACCGGGUAGGCAAGGUGAAGAUGAUGAAGAUAAUGAUGAGUUUAGUGAUGCUGAUGAUGAUGAGGAUGAGGAUGACGACGACUUUGUUUAUGUACCAGUACCACGAAGAGAUCGACCAAGAAGAGAAAGGAGAGUAGCCUUUGAAGAUGAUGAAAUACAGGAAAUUCCUCAGCCAAGGAGAGAAAGAGUUAGGAGACCGAGAGUAGUUGUUAAUUAUGGAGAUUUUGCAGAAGUUUUGGAGAACUGUCAGUUUUAUUGCAAAGUGUUUUUUAAUGAAAAAUCUUCCAAGGUUUCAAACCAAAGGUCAGCUGAGGAUAUAUUUUGUCACCUAGGAGAAUUAUCACUGAAGCUAAAAGGCAAAUUGACAAAUGAUGAGCUUUCACAAAUGCUCUGUAGUGAAUUCUGGGUAUAUGUCGGUGUUGAAGAGGACAAAAGUGCUGUUUAUUUUGAAUGGGCUUCAGACUCCUCGCCUUCCAAAGUCAAGAGAAAAAAGGUACCUGAUUUCCGUCAUUGUAUGAUAGAGGGUACACUAGAUGUGGAGCUUUGGCAGGGGUUGUCAACACAAAGGUAUUUCAAAUUAUCCCUCAAGAAGUAUGAUGAUGAUGAACAGCAAAUGACUAUAAGCGUACUUUUCAGAAGAGCGGGACUCACUGAACUCAAAUUUUCAAGUGAUGGAAGUCCAUGUGCUCCACCGGUAGGGAAAGUGGUCUCAUUCUUCACAGGUGUCCCUAUGAUUACCUUUACUGGAGAGAAGACCCUGAAACAUGACACUGAAGAGCUCUAUGCAGCAAUUAAAUGUGCUCACAAAGGAAAGGAUUACUGUGCAGUUGACGUACAGCACCCAAGUCUUAUUCCAAAGUUGAGGCCCUAUCAGCAGGCUGCUGUGAGGUGGAUGUUGCACCAAGAAAAAUUUAUGAAACUUGAGGAAGAUAUGAAAUCUGAAGGUAAUCUUCACAGUCUUUACUCUGAAGUUGUUAGCAAAGAUGGGGUCACUUUUUAUUUUAAUAAGUUUGCUGGAUUAGUUGUUAAGGAUAAACCUUUGGCUGUAAUGCCUUCACCUGGUGGAAUUUUGGCAGAUGAAAUGGGUCUUGGGAAAACAGUUGAAGUAUUAUCCUGUAUGUUAAUGCAUCCAAGGAAAGAUGUUCCGAAGUUAGCAUAUAAGGAGCCUGAACAGACUGAGGCAAAGAAUUUACAAGAAAGAAAGAGGUUGAAAAGUACUAGAUUGAGUGAUCAUAAAGAUGAUAUAUUCACCUUGGAGUACAAAAGUGAUGAGGAUGAGCUCAGUACAUCUGCUUGUGAUGAAUUUCAUAGUGAGAAUUCUAACAACAUAAAUGGGUCUGAUAAUGAAUGUUCAGAAGUGGAUGCUAAAAGUAGUGCUUGCCCUCCAUCCCAGAGUUUAGGCAGGAGAAAACGGAAUUCUUCAGGCCACAUUAAAGUUUAUAUUCCUCCAAAGAAUGUUGAAUCAGAAAGUAACGAUGACCUAAACAAAUCCAGUCGUCCGAAGAGGAGGGCUGCAAAAUCUGUAAUAGGCUAUGGGGAUUUUGAUUAUUUUCAAGAGGAGGAAGAAGAGGAACCGGAAGAAACGUACAAACCUACAAAGAGAAAAGCAAAGGUCACCCCAAGUAAAGCCAAGUUUAAUGUUGACGAAGAAAUUGCAAAUGACAUUGGGUGGAGCACUAUUGAAUCUGUUAUUGUUCAGGAAUGUUGGAAUGGACGCUACAAAGACUACAAGAAGGAAGGAUCGUACAAAGAGUUUUGUAAGUUUUUAAGAAUGAGGAAAAAAGAUCCAUACUACAUGAUGAGUCUGAAGGAGAGGUUAGACAUCCAGUACUCAAAUGCAAUAGCAGAAUAUAGUGCAGCUCCAGCAGUUAGUAGAAAGGGAAUCACAGGCUUCUUUGAAACAAAAGUAGAACAAAAGAGUUUCUUUGAGUGCAUUUGUGGCUCUUCUGAAGCUGAAAUCAAUGACGAUAAAUUUAGAAUUCAGUGUACAAAAUGUAGUUUGUGGCAACAUGCAAACUGUGUCCAGUUUGAUAUGUCUAACCCUUAUAGAGGGGAUUACAUUUGUCCACAUUGCUGGACACAAGAAACUCCAGUGGUGUCUGGAGCUACGUUGAUUGUCACACCAUCUUCAAUUAGUUAUCAGUGGAAGGAUGAAAUUUUGAAGCAUCUGAAGCAGAAGUCUAUUCGAAUGUUAGUUUAUAAGGGAGUUGCCACCCAAGGUUACAUGCAGCCUCGUUAUCUUGGAAAUUUUGAUAUAGUUAUCACCACAUAUGAGACACUUAGCCGUGAAUUGAAUUAUGUGGAUUUACCUCAUAGUAACAGUCAGGCAGGAAGAAGGUUCAGGUAUCCUAAAAGAUUCAUGGCCACACCGUCUCCUCUUCCAUGUGUGGAAUGGUGGCGUGUGUGUUUAGAUGAGGCACAGAUGGUCGAGUGCACAACUAACAAAACUGCUGAAAUGGCACUAAGACUUGCAGCAACAAACCGGUGGUGUGUUACUGGAACUCCCAUUCAGAAGUCUAUAAAUGAUCUGCAGGGACUUCUCAUGUUCCUGGGAGUAGAUCCAUAUUGGGUACCUCAGUGGUGGCAACGCUGUUUGUUUGAUCCAUAUUGUUUUGGUGUUAAAGAACCAAUGCAUGAUUUAGUAUCGCAGUACGUGUGGAGAAAUGCUAAGAUAGAUGUUAUUCAUCAGAUUGACAUACCUCAACAGAAUGAGGAGGUUCAUUGGUUGAAUUUCACCCGUGUUGAAGAGCACUUCUAUCAACGACUUCACACUGAAUGCUCAUAUGAUGCUCGGCAAAAAUUAAAAAACUUUACUAAUCCUCAGACUAAACUGAGUAGUCUUGAUAGGGGGACACUGAAUUACCUUCUCCAUCCUCUUCUGAAAUUACGACAAGCUUGCAACCAUCCUCAAGUUGUGAAAGGCCAAUUUCUUUCCAUGAACAAGAAAACAAUGACAAUGGAGAUGUUGCUUGAAAACCUUAUUAAAAAAACCAAGGUAGAAGCAGAAGAUGCACAUCGUUUCCUGGUAGGAGCAAUGAAUGGUCUUGCUGGAGUACACAUUAUUAAUGAGGAGUGGAAAGAGGCUGUAGACAUGUAUCGUGAGGUUUUGCGUUCUGUAGAAGACCAUUCAAACAUUAAAACAGAUUCUCUUCAGAGGCUUCACACUAUACAUAAUUUAGCAGAGAUUUUAGAAGCCAAUCAUGAAGGCGUACACCCAACACUCCGAGAUAGUACUUUGCGGGAAGAGGCAGCAGCCCUCAGAAAGAGGUACUUACAGCAGUACCCUGAAAAAGUUGCUGCUGCUCACACAGAGUGUCUUAGCAACACAGAAUCUGUGAAAACUUUUGAGGCAAAUUAUAAUUCCAACAUAAGCUGGUGGUUAGUGGCAUUAGAGUCAUUUGAUGCAGACUUUGUUCGAGAAGUGCGGGAUGAACUGCUCUCUCCGUAUUCCAGGUUUGAAGAACAUAAAUGCAUCCUCUAUCCAGUAGAAUCCAAAGUCCACUUGCAGAGAGUUUUGAACAAUGAAAUGAAGAAAUUGAAGCAACAAAGGGAUGACAUGAUUAAAGGAAUUCUGAACCUGCAGACUUUAGAUCCAUCUUCACUUUUAGAUGGGGCCAUUGAUUGUCAUUUGCGGCCAUCAGAAAAUGAACCACCUCAGUGUUUCAUCUGUGCUACACAUGAAUUUUUUGAAGAUUAUGAAGAGACACUCUUUUCCAUGAAGGAGCUGAAGCACAGUCGAACAACUGAGGUAUCCAAAGAGACAGAAGAUAUAAAGGAUAAAGCUCAGGUGGUUCUUUUUACUCGCAAGGGAAAUUGGGGUCAGAGUGAAACUGAGAGAAUCUUAAAAUAUUUGCAGAUAAAAUGUUUAGGCAAAGUUGAAGAAGAGAUAUAUGAAGAUUCUCAAACUCACAUGCAGAUUUUGGAAGCGAUGAAAAAAGAAUUCAAGAAUUACCGAAUUUUGUGGCGUGCUGUCUUUGACUCUGUAUCUGCAAUGGAUGAAGUGAACAUGGCAACUAUUCGAUUGAGGUUACGGUUUCCUGAUGAAGAAAUACCACAACAGAAAAAGAAGAAGAAAUCCGAUGGAGCUGAAUUAGAGAAGCAAAUGGAAGCUAUCAGAUAUAUCUUGGAGCCAGGAGAACUUCCCCAGCAACAACUGAAACUCAAGUCCGAUAGAGUAGUUUCAGAAAAUAAUUUAAGGGUAAAAUUAGGACAGCUACUUUAUCUACAGAAUCUUGCAAAAACUGAUUUUGGUAAAGAUGGUGGUAAAAAUCCAGAACCUUGCCCUAUAUGUCAAGGAGACUUAGGUGAAAAGUGGGCCGUACUUCUAUGUGGUCAUUGUUACUGUAUGGAAUGCAUGCGGAGUUUAAGCAACCGUGGCUUCAAUGGAAUGGAUAGGAGUGCAGUCAAGUGUCCCAUAUGUCGUCAGCCCACCAGAACCAGAGAAAUCUGCCAUGUUGACAUUAAGGCAAAGCAAGAGGAAGAGGAAUUCAAGGUUCAAGGAAGUUUGUCUACAAAAAUGGAAGGAGUUGUUCGUCUAGUAUUGAAGAUAAAGGAGAAAGAUCCUGAAGCAAAAAUCCUGGUGUUUUCAUCAUGGAAUGAUGUUUUAGAUGUCAUAGGUGAUGCCUUUGCCCAGAAUGGGAUCACCUACAGAGCUUUGCAUCAACAUUCCAAAUUUCAGACCCAUCUGUCAGCAUUCAAGUCAAGUAGUCAAAUAACUGCUCUUUUGAUCCCAAUAUCAUCUGGAGCAAAUGGUUUGAACCUUAUCGAAGCACGCCAUGUCAUAUUGGUGGAGCCCAUUUUGAAUCCUGCUGCUGAAUUGCAAGCCAUUGGGAGAGUGCAUCGUAUUGGCCAAACAAUGGAGACCUUUGUCCAUAGGUUCAUUGUGAAGAAUACAAUAGAGGAGCGAAUGUACAAAGUCAUACGUGGUCACCAUGAUCAAGCAAGCUCUGAUGAGAACACUGUUACCAUUGAAGAUUUGCGUAAACUCUUUUUACAUCCUGAGGAGUUAGAAUUAGAGGAACAGCUCUCUCAAGUUGAAAAUGAAAAUAAGAAAUCUGAUGUAGGUACAAAGGAUGACUUGACAGACAAUGGUGAUGUCCAGAUGUUAAAGCAUAGUGAGUGUUCUAAAGAGCCAUCAAACGAAGGGACAGUGAUGCCUAUGUAUGAUGAUACAUCAUUACCAUCAACUAGCGGUGUUAAUGAAAAGUCGUUCAAGGUUGAUGAUUCAAGUAGAGGUGCAGAAGGAGGCUGUAAAGAAAUUGAAGUAAGUGAAUCAUCAGAUAAAGUUGAUGCAUCUCCACCGACACAUCCGUCAACACAGAAUUCUGUUGUUGCCAAAGCUAGCUCAAUAUCUCAUUCCCCAGACAGUGAUGGGGUUAAAUCUUCAAGUACUUGUGAGGCAGCUCAACUUAACCAUUCCAUUACCAAAGGUGAACAGUGUCCCAUUGAUAUUAAUACUGGAUCUGCUUUGUCCUUAAACAGUGAAGAUCACCCAGAGCUUUUGAACUCUUAGCAAGUAACUUGUUUUUGAUGGUUAGAGUAGUGAAUGGUUUGUGUAGCUUUUUUUUUUUUAGAAAUAGAAUUUAUUUCUUAUACAUUAUAAUACUACCUAUUUCUUGUAGAGAAAAGUAAAAAAUGUGCAUUACGUAUUUCUUUUCCCUUCUGAAUGUAAUUUCCUCUUUGUUUGACAGUGUUUGAGGAAACGUUACUACUACUUAAUUAGUAUUGCUGGAAAUUGCAUUUUCAUAUUGGUUUACAAUUUUAUAUAUAUUUUAACAUUUUUCUUACCUGUUGAAUUUUUAUAUUUACUUUUUAUUGAUAAUGAUUAAAUACAUAAUAGAUUUUUAUUCAACCAACUUUGUGAACUUUGUACAUGUGUAUUGAUGUUAAACAUAGUUCAGUUUCUAAGAGUUAUGAAAAUUUUAUUGAUUUUGGAAUUCAAAUUAAAUUAAACUCCUUUUGAUGUUGCACUUGUAGUAGUUAAAGUUUAAAGUCAACAAAUACAAUAAUUGCUGAAGUAUUUUUGGUUGAUUUUACUUGUAAAUUUGUUUUAUGAUGGCUACUUCUUUCUCAGGAAUACAACAAUUGGUCUUGGAGAAUUAAGAAGUUAUUACAGUUAGCUUUCACUGCCCCCACAACUAAAACGAUUAUAGAGAAAAGAUAGCCAAUCAUUUUGAAACUCAGAGUGUAUUUUUCGAAUUACCCCAUCUUUAUAUUUUCUAGACACGGGUACAAAGGAUGCUGUAGUAUAGAUGGUAUCCAUCAGUUAAUGUGUAUUUUGAAAUUUUUGUACUGUGGUUUUUUAUAAUUUUCAGAAGUUUAUGUCUUACAUUUGUGUUAUAAUUUUGUAUAUUUCUAUUUCCUUCUAGGCAUUUUGUACGUAAUAUAAAUUUGAUCUAU